AAGAAGCGGGGGGGGUGGGGUGGGAUUCGAACUCGGAGAGACUUGGCUUCCCCGAAGGGGACGAGGACAAAGACUGGGCCAGGAUGGACGUGGCGGACCCCCAGCCGCUGGGACUGUUCCCCGAGGGCGAGCUGAUGUCGGUGGGCAUGGACACCUUCAUCCACCGCAUCGACUCCACCGAGGUGAUCUACCAGCCGCGCCGCAAGCGCGCCAAGCUCAUCGGCAAGUACCUGAUGGGGGACCUGCUCGGGGAGGGCUCGUACGGCAAGGUGAAGGAGGUGCUGGACUCCGAGACCUUGUGCCGCAGGGCAGUCAAGAUCCUCAAGAAGAAGAAGCUGCGCAGGAUCCCCAAUGGCGAGGCCAACGUCAAGAAGGAGAUCCAGCUGCUGCGGCGGCUGCGGCACCGGAAUGUGAUUCAGCUGGUGGACGUGCUGUACAAUGAGGAGAAGCAGAAGAUGUAUAUGGUGAUGGAGUACUGCGUGUGUGGCAUGCAGGAGAUGCUGGACAGUGUGCCGGAGAAGCGCUUCCCCGUGUGCCAGGCCCAUGGGUACUUCCGCCAGCUGAUUGACGGCCUGGAGUACCUGCACAGCCAGGGCAUUGUGCACAAGGACAUCAAGCCGGGCAACCUGCUGCUCACCACCAACGGCACGCUCAAGAUCUCCGACCUGGGUGUUGCCGAGGCCCUGCACCCCUUCGCUGUGGACGACACCUGCCGGACAAGCCAGGGCUCCCCGGCCUUCCAGCCGCCCGAGAUCGCCAACGGACUCGACACCUUCUCAGGUUUCAAAGUGGACAUCUGGUCAGCUGGGGUCACACUCUACAACAUCACCACGGGUCUGUACCCAUUCGAGGGAGACAACAUCUACAAGCUGUUCGAGAACAUCGGGAGAGGGGACUUCACCAUCCCCUGUGACUGCGGCCCACCACUCUCCGACCUGCUCCGAGGGAUGCUGGAGUACGAGCCAGCCAAGCGGUUCUCCAUCCGGCAGAUCAGGCAGCACAGCUGGUUCCGGAAGAAACACCCCCUGGCUGAGGCGCUAGUGCCCAUCCCCCCGAGCCCAGACACUAAGGACCGUUGGCGCAGUAUGACAGUGGUGCCCUACCUGGAGGACUUGCAUGGCCAUGCCGACGAGGACGAGGACGAGGACUUGUUUGACAUUGAGGAUGGCAUCAUCUACACGCAGGACUUCACGGUGCCUGGUCCUAGAAGAGGAAGUAGGUCAGAAUGGACAGAGCCGCAGCCUGCCCAAAGCAGUGUGUGUGAACGGCACAGAGCCCCAGCUCAGCAGCAAGGCGAAGCCAGAAGGCCGACCCGGCCCCGCCAACCCUGCUCGCAAGGCGUGCUCCAGCAACAAGAUCCGCCGGCUCUCGGCCUGCAAGCAGCAGUGACUGCGGCCUGCAGGUGGGCGCAGGGCCAGGACCGCGAAUCCCCGCUUGGCGCUCAGUGGGUGUCUGCCGGGCUCCUGGCUCCGCUCCUUGGGGCGGAGUUCCCCCGGUUCCAUGGGGCGAGGUCAGGCGACUGAGGAGGCCACAGCCCUUAGAAGGAAGGGUCUGACCCCUCCGGGGUGGCGUGUACCUCCCUGCCAGGGCCGGGUGCUGAGUGACCCCUUCUACCUGCAGUGCGUCACCAGGUUCCCUGGGCAGGCGCCCCGGCAAGGCUGCGGUUUUCGGGCCCACCCAUCUGGACACUCGGAGUUGGAGCCGAGGGUGGAGCCGCCGCCCCAGAAGCACUUUAUGUCGAGACCACUGGCCGGCCUCGCCCGCAUGCCGCCCCGCGAGCCUCGCUGUCUUUGGGUUGGCCCCUUUUUUUAAUAAAACAGGUGGAUUUGAGCAGUGGCUGUCGGGGUGUUUGGAGCAGGCGGGGUGCAGGGUGGCCUGCAGAGAAAACCCAGAGCACGCGAGUAUGCAGAGACAUUUAUGAUCAACCAGACAACACGACGACCCGUGGAGGGCGGGCGCAGGGCAGGGAGUGGGCGGGCACUCACGGCGAGGCCGCCCUAUAUUUUGGCAAUAAAUAAAGCUUGGGAAACUUGAAGCUGC